AUCUGCAUGUAACUAGUUGAAGUUAUAAAUAAUUAAACUUGCAUAUUAUAGAACUAUAUUAGUAUUGAUGCCGCGAAUCUAAUAGAUAAGAAACACUUGAAACUCUAUUAGCUCAAAAUGUUAAAAGCUUAAUGGGCUUUUGUUGAUUAGCCUAAUAAGCCGAUCCAUGAGAUCCACCAAGCACUAGCACUAUAUCGUUUCGCAUUUGCCUCUUAACAAAAAAUAAUAAUUAGAAAAUUAUUUAAAAAACAAAUUCUUAUAUCGGAAACUCCGAGGCGACCGUGAAGGCGUGAAACCCUCUUAUCCUACGCUACACUCUUCGCACUGGUUCCAGUGUCCAUGAACCUACUGGAGAAAAUCAACUUAUUAAAGAAGAAGAAGGAACCAGAUAAAACUAUGGCGAUGGAAGACAUCCCAGUUGACUGGUUUGAGACUUCCAAUUCCAUCACGCGCCACUACCAGUUUAAACCCGAUGGCUAUCUCUCUGUGAAGGUUUUGGAUGACUCCAGACCAGUGUACCAUAGGGCUGUUGAAUCUUUCUUAAAUAAAUUUUUCCCAUCCGGUUAUCCGUACAGUGUGAAUGAAGGGUAUCUUAGAUACACACAAUUUCGGGCUCUGCAACACUUAACCAGUGCUGCAUUAUCAGUGUUGUCCACUCAGUCACUGCUAUUUGCUGCAGGCUUGAGACCCACUCCUGCACAGGCGACUGUUGUGAGUUGGAUACUGAAGGAUGGAAUGCAGCACGUAGGGAAGCUUAUAUGUAGUAAUCUUGGUGCUAGAAUGGAUUCAGAGCCAAAGCGUUGGAGGAUCGUAGCUGAUGUCCUCUAUGACUUGGGCUCUGGCUUGGAAGUCCUUUCUCCUUUAUGCCCAGGUCUUUUUCUUGAAAUGGCAGGCCUUGGCAAUUUUGCGAAGGGCAUCGCGGUGGUUGCAGCAAGAGCAACCAGAUUGCCCAUAUAUUCAUCAUUUGCCAAAGAGGGGAAUCUCAGUGACCUAUUUGCAAAAGGGGAGGCCAUCUCAACUCUUUUUAAUGUUGUUGGCAUAGGAGCUGGGAUUCAGAUGGCAGCUACUGUUUGUUCAUCAAUGCAAGGAAAGUUGGUAGUUGGGCCCCUUCUUUCGAUCGUACAUGUGUAUUGUGUCGUUGAAGAAAUGCAUGCUGUUCCUGUCAACACAUUGAAUCCACAGAGGACUGCAAUGAUUGUGGCUGAUUUUGUAAAGACUGGCAGAAUAUCUAGCCCUGCUGAUCUAAGAUAUCGAGAAGAUCUCUUAUUUCCUGGUCGACUUAUAGAAGAUGCUGGCAAUGUAAAGGUGGGCAGGGCUCUGCACAAGGUUAUCAAGCCUUCAAAACUUGAGGAAUUAAAAGAGAUAUUUGGCGAGGAGAAGUUUGUUUUAAAUCGUGGAAAUAAAUGGACUGACAUGGCAUUAGAGCACAAUGCUACAGGUGAAGAUGCAUUGAGGGGUUGGUUAGUUGCAGCAUUCGCUGCCACCAUGGACAAGUCUUUCCAUGAUCCAAGUACUACUGUGUUGGUAGACGCUUAUGAGAAGAUGAAUAGCGUGUUCACCCCAUUUGUGACUGAACUGCAGAGCAAAGGAUGGCAUACUGAUCGUUUCCUUGAUGGAACAGGUAGCCGCUUUGCAUGGUAGUAUUUUGGGAUUCAUGGGAUAUAUAUGUUGUUCAAGGUAAGAGAUUUUAAUAUUUAAAUUGAGUAGAGUAAAUGCUGAGAUGGUUUUGGCCUUUUAGAUAUUGUAACUUCCAUUUGGUUGAUUAUAUUGAUCCAAUGUAGGUCAAUGUAAUGAGCCUUAAUUGGCCUGAUGUGGAUUAAUUGAAGUAGAAUGAUGAAUGAAGUUAGUGAGAUUAGGAAGUUGAUGGUUAUAGAAGUCAAACCAUACAAAAGAAGAGAAAGUUUAGCAUUUGAUGAAGAGUAUAUUACAGAGACAUGAAAAUUUGAGCUUACUUAUGAUCGGAAGAAGGCCAAAGAUUUAUGAUGUAUUGAGGACUAGGACUAGGUCUAGGUCUUUAUUUUUAUUUGUCUUGGUCUACCAACAUGGUCUUGUCUUGUGAAAGAUUAAAUUGAUGAUUAACAUUCAUCUAAUUGAUCAUAGUCGUUAUAAUAACAUCAGCAUUGAUA